UUUUUUUUAUGGUUCCGAGGGACACCACUGACACAGCUGCACAGAAACGCAGUCAGGACUAUUAACAGAUCGAUGUCCGGUUGUCAUCUUGGAGCUGGAGACGGAUCAGAGACAUGAACAGAUUUUAUUCCCUGGAGGCGGCGGAGCCACGGGAGGAGACGAAAGCUGCGGGGUCGUUCAAGUUCGUGUCCGAGGCGAAGAGAGACGUGUGGAGGGAAGGCGGAGAGGGGAGGUCGGAGCCGUCCUGUUGUCUCGGUGUCAGAAACAUUUCCUACACUGUCAGUGAGCGUGUUGGACAAUGGUGGGACUUGCCCUCCUGCAGGAAGAGAUGGACCCGUCAGAUCCUCAAUGAUGUCUCUUUCCACGUAGACAGCGGGCAGAUCAUGGGCAUUCUGGGUAAUUCAGGCUCGGGGAAAACAACACUGUUGGACGCUAUUGCUGGCCGGAUCGGUAGCUCCGGCACCCUGCUGGGUGAGGUCUUCAUCAACGGCAGAAAACUGAAGAGGGAAGAAUAUCAGGACUGUUUCUCCUAUGUCUUGCAGAGUGAUAACUUGCUGAGUUAUUUGACAGUGGAGGAGACCCUGACUUACACUGCCCAGCUGGCCCUGCAGAAACACUCAGUGGAGGCCAUCAAGAAAAAGGUGUCGGCAGUGAUGGCUGAGUUGAGUCUCAGUCACGUGGCGCACAGUGUUAUUGGAGGGCGAAUUUUCCCUGGGAUCUCUGGUGGUGAGAGACGGAGGGUCUCCAUCGCCAGCCAGUUACUCCAGGAUCCAAGGGUGAUCUUGCUGGAUGAGCCAACCACCGGCCUGGACAGCAUGACGGCCAAUCAGAUCGUGGUGCUGCUGGCAGAGCUGGCUAGGAGGAACCGCAUCGUCAUAGUAACCAUCCAUCAGCCACGCUCGGAGCUCUUCUGGGUGUUCAGCAGGAUCGCCAUAAUGAGUCGGGGAGAGCUGGUGUUUUGUGGUCAGCCGGAGGAAAUGGUGGAUUUCUUCAGCCAGUGUGGAUAUGAGUGCCCAGAGUACUGCAACCCUUUUGAUAUCUAUGUCGACUUCACCUCUGUGGACACGCGCAGCAGCGAGAGGGAGGCCGCCACUUUCAGUCGGAUGCACGAGAUUACGUCGUCCUAUCAGAGGUCUGCCAUCUUCCAGAACAUGCUGGACAAAAUGGAGCAGAGCCUGCAGAUCUCAGACAAACCUGCCAUCCCCUUUAAAAACAAAGAGUCACCCAACUGCGCUGCCAAGCUUGGAGUUCUGGUUAGGCGAACAGUCCGAAACCUCUCCAGAGACAGGAUUGGUGUGAUCAUGCGUCUGUCCCAGAACCUGAUCUACGGUUUCUUUGUGGCCUUCUUCGUCAUCCAUCUAGACAUGGAUGCGACCAAGGGUGCAGUGCAGGACCGAAUAGGAAUGAUCUAUCAGUGUGUGGCUGCUUCGCCUUAUACUGGCAUGCUCAAUGCUGUUUCUCUCUUCCCUGCGCUGCGAGCCAUCAGUGAUCAGGAGAGUCAGGACGGCCUGUACAGUAAAUGGCAAAUGUUCUUGGCCUACAUCGUCCACAUCUUGCCCUUCAGCGUCCUGAGUGUCGUCAUCUUCAGCUCCUUUAUUUACUGGACGGUGGGGAUGCACCCGGAGACGUGGCGCUUUUUGUGUUUUACUGCUGUAGUUCUUGUUCCCCAUAUAACAGGGGAGUUGUUGACAGUGGUUCUGCUAGGAGUGGUCCAGGACCCUAACAUGGUCAAUACUGGGAUGGCUUUACUUAACAUUGCAGGAAUCCUGGUGGGAUCUGGUUUCCUCAGAAGCACAGAGCAGAUGCCGGUGGUAUUUCAGUGGCUCAGUUACCUCACUUUCCAGAAAUACGGCUGCGAACUUCUCAUCGUCACAGAGUUCCUCGAUCUGGAGUUCAGCUGCAACGGAACCAAAUCCUUACCAGGAGAAUGUGUGAUCACUUCAGGGGAUCAGAUCAUUGACAUGGGCUACCCCGGUGCUUUGUCGCGGUACACACUAGACUUUGUUCUCCUCUACUCCUUCCUCCCUGCUUUGGUUGUGAUGGGAAUUAUCAGUUUCAGGAUCAGGGAUAAACUCAUCCGCCACUAAAAAGAAAACCUUUCCAUUAACGUGCCUUAAUUCUGGCAUGCCGGUCAGUUCUUCUGUGGUUCGGUUUUUGUAUUUUGUCAUAGUUUACUGUAACUGUGUAAAAAUGUGUCCUAAAAAGUACAAGAACUGUCCAAUAGAUCAUGACUAGGAUGGCUAAUAAGUUUAAAUUAUCUUAUUUUAAGGUAGUUAGAAAAACAUAAAACUACAGACAUGUGAAUCCAGCAUUUGCUCAUUUUAAAUGUUCUUGUUAGUCUUCACAUAAAACUUGCACAUUAUCUUAGUAUUUCUGCCAGCACUUUAAUUUUUUUUUAAGCUAGACUUAUUAUUUUUUCUAUAUAUUUCUUGAAAUUGACUGUAUUGCCAAUAAUGAGUUUUGAAACAAGCCCACUAAUAACCCCAACAAUGUUUCAAACAUUGGAGACAGAAAAUACAGCACUGGUUGAAUAUCACUGUAAUUUUUAAGUUAUAAUAAAUACCUAAUGCUGUCAGAAAAAUACGAUUGAUAGCUUUUUUUUUUCACUUACUGUAAAGAAUGUUUUAAAUAAUAGAAAGUUGUUGUAACUUGUUUUUAGAAAACCUCAUUUUAAUAGCAGUAGACUGAACAGUUCUUAACCAAUAAUGCAUACAUUGCAAAGAAAGAAAAGAGCCUGUAAAAAAAGUUAAAUACAGCAAAAUGUUUAUUAUAUGUACACAAUAAAGUGUUGUAACAAAUUUAUCUCUUAUGUCUCCAGCUGCAGUUCUUUCCAUGACUUCGCUGCAUUUCUCUUAUACUGCUCCAACUCCUGAAAAACAGAUUCAGACAAAAAAAAA